AUGAUCCUCGUGAAAGAUUCAAAAGAAACUUUGGAAGAAGAUAUGGGAAAACGAAUAAAUCACUCAAAUGUUGUUGAAAGGAGUUUGUCCAGAAAACGUCGUUAUCUGACGUUUCCCUCAGGAAGUUCUCUACAAGUUGUAUAUUGUCUCACAUUACCUUCAGUGGGAGUAGGUGAAAUUUUUGUUUUUGGUUUAACAGCAGCUUUGGCAUGGGAAUUACCUUCAACACCUGACGAGUUGUUAAUGUCGGUAGGAAAAAAACCCAUAACGACAACAGAAACGCCAACUACGCUACCGCCGCAUCAUGACUGGGAAGAUGGUGCUGGUUUAUCCCAAUACCCUCAUCAAAGAAAAACCAACGUUGGUUCAUCAAAUUAUGUCGCCGAUGACUGGUCGUAUAAAAAGGAUAGAUAUCCGGUUCCUGUCAAGAGUUAUUACGAUCCGUUCGGACUGAAACAGAAUUUCAAAUUCAACGAUUACUCAGAUUCGGGAGAAAUUCCCUACAAUCCAGCGAGAAAAAUGUCACCGAAGCUAUCUCGGGUCAACGGACGUACCAGGCAAUCUUUUAAUCACCAUAGCAACAUAAAUCAUGACGAUUACAUCCACCCCAUUUAUCAUCAGAUUCAUCGAAGAAGCAGAAGAGAAUUAUAUGGAAAACUAGAAAAAUUACUCACAGCAUUGAGUAAAGAUGGUAAAGCUUGUAUUAAGAAAGCUCUUUGCGAGGUUAGUCAGGUACCUAAGGGAAAGGGCACUCUAUUUCAAGAACUAAUGAAAACAAUAUUUAGGAUAAAACCCCAUGAAGAUUAUGUAGAUGAAGAUGAAUACGAUGAGGCAACAAAUAAAAGUCAUAAUUGUACUGAAAGAUAUCCUUCCUGUCAACAUUCGGUUUGGUCUGAUAUGUUCUGA